CCACUACAUCCCUGCAGCAAUCGUCAAAGGCACAGCAUGGACUCAAGCUUAUACCCAUCCCGAAGGCGACCGAGGGGGCCGUUGCAUCCACCCGGUCGGGCCCCUCCCUCGACCUCUAUCUUUGCCUCAUCCUCCUCCGGCGGGCCCGUCGUUGAUCACCCCUCUUCCUCGUCCUCUGUCUUUCUCGAGCCGAACAGUCCGCUCCAUUCUCGAAAACGCAACUGGACGCCUUCAUUUUAUUCUCCGUCACCGUCCGCCGCCAUGACAGCGACGCCAAAUCCUUACCCAUCUUUUGACGCGGCUCCCCAGUCGUUGGGAUCGGCAUCAGCACCGACCUAUUACUCCUCUCUCGCUGCUCCGUCCGAGACCCAGCCCACUCGUCCACCACAGGGCGAAUUCAGCUUCCAGCCGCCAGUGUCCGGCCUGGACAGUGCGCAUCCAGACGGCGGCGCGCAUGACUCUGCUGCGUUCGCCCGGCUCGCAAAGGCGCAGCGGCAGCAGCAGGACGAACAGAGGAGGUUGCUGACCGGCGAGAUGGAGGCGAGGUCGUCCUCUGAUGGGAGUCGAGAUCACGUCGAGGGUCCGGCAACGAAGAAGAGAAGAGGCGUAGCGGGUACGAUCGUGGAUGGUGCUCUGAAUGCGGCCCUGUACACGGGCGCAGCAGCCAUCACUGCAUAUUCUCUGUGGUCAAGCUGGGGGAGAAGACCGGAAGAAGACGAAGACGAAGCAAGGGUUGCCGCGCGAGCAAGUAAUAACGACAGCGUAGAGAAGCUACCCCCCGGUGGCCUCGAAGAACCGCCUCCCCCCUAUGCAUUUCCCGCCUCAUCUUCACGAGCAAAGGUGCCAGAGACACCUCUGUCUCCCUCGGCCGCUUCCUCCUCGUCGGCCAUGUUUUCUUCGCCGAGGAACAAUACCGUCUUUGUUUCUAGCUCGAGCAGAAGGCGGAGACCCGCAUUUGCGUCCCACCGUUCGGCGCGCUCCCAGCAGCUUCCAAAGCGGCCCAAGGCAUCGACGCUCUUUCAGCAAGAUUCCAUGGACACUAGCCAGCAGCAGGCUUCGUCUACCAACGACGAUGGCGGCAGUGUCAGCAAAGACUCCAAUGAGAGAGUCGACGAGGACGAGGAUGACGACGAUGAGAUGUACCGACGGUUCCAGAGCAAGAUGACGAGCCUCAUUGCCGAGGGGCAAGCAGCUCUCACUGCCAAGGUCGACUUGGGGAACAUGGAUAUCGAAGAGGACCCGCUCCUCUCGGGAGGCAUGACACCGAGCCGGAGCGAGCCGGUGCUCCCUUCAUCUUCUACCACACCCACGUAUAAACAACGCACCAACAACUUUCACGAAGGCCCCUCUACACCGACGGCUGCUGGCGCAAAGCGGAGCACCAGCAGCCAGUUCUACGGCGGCUACGACGGUGGCCCGCCCACUCCCUCUUUUUCGUCACCGUUCCGCUCAGGACCGGGGCAAGACCAGCCCUUUGUUUUUGGAAGCAACGCCCCAGACCCACGCGCGUCCGUCUUUUCUGGAGGCUUUGGGCCGACCUCUUCGAGCUCGAAUCCGCUCUUUUCCGCAUCCUCGUCUUCAUCAGCAGCCGGCUCGACACCGAGCAGGAUCCCAAGGGCUGGCUAUCGAGCUUCAUCGACGGCACCGCCCAGGCGGCUGGCUCGCCCUUGAUCGCUCCCCCACUAAUAUCACAUCACCACUCUUCCACCACUAAUCCUCACUCUCCUUGACUCUCAAAGCUGUACUUCUACGCUAAUCGGGUAAUAUUCACCUCGUCUG